UAGUUGCAGUGUUGUCGGCACAGCCAAACUCCCAUGGUGUGUGUGUGCUGGUGAGCGUUGUCGCAAUAACAUCAACUCACAGUGAUUGACCAGUGAUUAAUUGUGUAGUGGCCUCAGCACCUUUGGAUAACGUUAGUUCUCUCUACCAGAUCAUUACGAAGGACGUCUGCACAUAUUCUCGAAGAGGUGAGCGUGUAGAGUGCCCUCAACAUCACAGGCUGGCCGGCAGACCUUCCCGUACAGAAGCAUGGUUAACGUGUAAUGGUUGGUGGUGAGGAGCGUCAUGGGGGAGCCGCUGGAGGCCGUGGAGGGGUCGGACUCGGAGAUCAGCCGUCUGUUCCCCAAGUGCCGACCUCGCUCCGCCACCCACACGCCCACCACCACGCCCACCACCACGCCCACUGACGUCCGCCGCUCUCGCCUCAACCUCAACUGUGUCCUCGACUCUGACGACAACGACAACUACGAACCCCAGCACCCCACCGGCGACCUGCCCAGGCUCUACGACAACUCCAAGUUGAGUCGUGACAGCGGGAGCAGCGGGCGCAUGUCCGUGGACAGUGGAUCCGGAUCCCGUUCCGGUUCCACGCCGGGUUCCAGGUCGGACUCCCACUCUGGCUCACACUCAGAGUCCAAAAUGGAACGCAGUGCCGAGGACGUGGACAUGGACGUGGAUGUGUCAGUAGUUAGUGCCUACGACGACUAUGAGGACAGAUACAUGAGGUCGUCAGUGUUAGAUUCCUCUUACGAAGAGGCGCCACAGCCUCCCCCAGCCUCCCGCCACCAGCCACAGCGCCGGGAACACUUCCGGCUUAGAGACUCACGUAUCGAGAUCGCCGGAGGCCGGGAAGUGUUCAGCCACAGCAGGUCACGGCCCGCACGGCGUAGACAUGACGAGUCACAGCGGCGGAGAGGCCAGCAACAGCAGUACCAGCAGGAGCGGCAACAACAAGAGCAGCACUGGCCUGAGUCUCCCGGGGACAGCGAGGAGCGGGGUCGCGGCUGCUCGGUGCGGGAGUCACCGUUGGUGUACGAGACGCGACUCACGGGGUCUUCCGAAGUCGUUUUUGAUGACAUCGGGGAGUGGGUGGCACGGGGCCUGACCGUACGGGCGCUGGAUGACCGGCCGGGCUCUCCGUCCUCGCCCACGGCACAACACUCGGUGGACACCACUGAACAUGGCGACCAUGGGUACUUAGCCGCCUACGAGCGCUCCACUUCACCCUCAGAUUCUGACUCCACUCAAGAAUCUACCACGCACAAGGUCACCAAAAUAGGUAAUGUUCCCAUCGCCGAUUAUGAAGGGUCACCUCGGCGGUAUGGUCCCCGACCCUCCCCCAGGACUAACAGUCCCCGAGGGGGCCACCACGCGCCGCCUCCACGACCUCCCCGACCUGGCUUCCCACGACGGAUCCUGGCAGAGGAAGAGGCUGCCAGGGAAUCCUCGUGUGAACCCCCAGCGGCAACCUCGAGUGAGUCGAGCGUGCCCCAGGGUGACGAAAGAGAAGUGACGCCCCAGGAAGAUCCCAGUAGUGACCUACCAGGACCUGACUCUUGCUCUGAGGAGGAGAGUGUGUCGCCGGCGCCGCCAGUCAUAGCUAUAUCCACCCUCACCUCCUCGUAUUCAGGGAACCUUAGCACACAGCCCAACACCACCACCUUAGACACUGACAUGUACGACUACUCCUACGAGAUGUCUGAGACUAGAAAAGUUUUAGAGGAAUUCUUUAAAGAACAAGGUGGACGUGGGGACGAGUUUCUCGACCUGGAGUACCACUUGAAACGACAGCAAGGCAACAGUUAUGUGGGGCUGCGUCUGGCUGCUGAGUACAGCGAAGAUCAGUCACUAGCCGAGGGUGGCGAUCAGCAGCAACAGCAGCAGCAGCAGCAGCAGCAUCAACAGCAGCAGCAGCAUCAUCAACAGCAGCAUCAGCAGCAGCAGCAGCAGCAGCAGCAGCAGCAGCAGCAGGCCAGUUCUGACAGUAGCCCUCCAGAGAACCAUAGCAAUAGCUUGGAGCAUCAUAACUCUGGGUCAGACUAUCACAACAACUCCGCCGAAGUCCACAACGCUGCAGAACCAUUAGAGGGCGACACGGAACACCACAACACCACCGGUGUAGACCUUCACAACAUGGACGUGAACCAGCACAACAGUGGUGUGGACCAGCAAACGAGAACAGCAGCAGAUGAGCGCACAGGGCCACCAGCAGACAUGAACGCCGAGCAUGAGCGGGAACUCGGCACUCCUACACAUGAGGUAAGCUCAGCAUCCCCUGGUCUCCUCAACCACCUCGACCUGUCUUAUGAAGCACAACAGGACACAGCACAACAAGAGCAGCAUCAGGCACCAGAUAGCAUCAGUAACAGCAGUCACAGCAGCACUCACAGCAGUAACAGCACACACAGUGAGACAGGUGGACAGGAGGACUUCGGAGAUAACCUCUCCGAGCCUCCUCAGGAUCCCUUCCCAGAGAACAGUGCACUCUAUGACAGGCUCAAUGAGGUAGUGGUUGCUGCGUUAGGGCGCGAGUGUGACCUCGACGACAGGUCUGGCGACGACAACCCAGGUCCCGGGUCCUUUACUGAUGACCUGUCUGGUCACGAGGACCCGGGGCUGUUAGACCUGUCCAUUGAGGGGGAUCAUGACACGGCCUCGACCAACCCUCAGACCGAAGAUCUGGCCGAGACUGAGGUGGGACUGCAGGUAAUGAUACUUUCCCAUAACCCCCUCUCCCCUUAGUCAACCCUCACCUCAACCCUUAGCUCCCUCCUCACCCCAUACUUUUCCCCCUCCCUCCCUCCUUUCGACCCCUCCCUCCCUCCCCCCCUUUCCUUCCAUCACAUUUCUUUCCUUCCUCUUCUUCAUACCAACUCCAAAUUCAAACCUGUCUUCCUUUUAUACUCUUCCCUCUUCUUACGUCACAAUAUCUCUCUAAAGUUUUACCUCCCAGGGCAAUCCUCUCUCCCAUUUAAUUUGUUUAGGUCAGACUCGCUCAUUCCUACGUCAUAAUCUUGUACAAUACAUCAUAUUCCCAGUUCAUUAUUCGUUUUUCCCCAUAUCAUUCAGAAUCAUUCUUCUUGCCUCGAGAUCAUUCUCCUUGUCUCGAGACCAUUCUCCUUGUCUCGAGACCAUUCUCCUUGUCUCGAGAUCAUUCUCCUUGCCUCGAGAUCAUUCUCCUUGCUUCGAGAUCAUUCUCCCUGCCUCGAGAUCAUUCUCCUUGCCUCGAGAUCAUUCUCCUUGCCUCGAGAUCAUUCUUCUUGCCUCGAGAUCAUUCUCCUUGUCUCGAGAUCCUUUUCCUCAUUCCUAGACUUUUCCCACUUCCAGGUUUAUAUACCAGCUCAAGAUACAUUUCUCUCACGUUGUUUCAACCGUCACUUUGUCAUUAAACUCCCUAUCACAUGUUUAACUCGAGGACAAUAUCGUCACCUUCAGGUCUUCUUCCUCACUUCCCCUGGAGCCGCAGCCGCAGCCUCCUCAUAAUCAUGUCGUCCUGAAAGUCACGCAUUCUCUUCUUCCAGACUCCCCCCUCUCCACUCCCAGACUCUGCCCUCUCCACUCCCAGACUCUUUCCUCUCCACUCCCAGACUCCUCCCUCUCUACUCCCAGACUCUACCCUCUCCACUCCCAGACUCCUCCCUCUCCACUCACAGACUCUUCUCUCUCCACUCCCAGACUCCCUCUCCACUCCCAGACUCCCUCUCCACUCCCAGACUAUUCCCUCUCCACUCCCAGACUCCUCUCUCUCCACUCCUAGACUCCCCUUCUCCACUCCCAGACUCCUCCCUCUCUACUCCCAGACUCU